GUCCAAUUGCAUUGGAAUCAUAUAUGCAACCAGCUUCACUGCAGGGUUGAUCGACCCUACCUUCGUGGCAAAGAGUCAUGAUGAGCUUUCGACAACAAUACAUGAUCGUUACAGUACAGUGAUGGCGUCCAUCAAGCAAAUGCGAGCAUAGUCAAACGUAGUUUCCCCGGCGCUCUAUAUCGGUGUCCUAUUAGCAUUGCUCGGCCAAAGCUCAUCCGUGCUCCCCUUGUCCACUUCACAAGCCAGCCCCUUCCGAUUUGCUGGUGUUUUCAUUCGUCCCUGAAGUCUUUAUAAUUCCAGAACGCAAAACCUUGUCGAUCGCUUCCCCACGCACAGAGUGCUCGGAAUUAUCCCUUGGACCCCCCCGGUCAAAUCGACCGCCUGCCGAGCUGGCAGCUACAACGCCAAUUGCAAGCUCACUACGGCACGAACCACAGCAAUGAGCGAGGAAGGGCCUGGGCCAAAUAUUCUCGAGCUCGCCGCUCAUAGAAGGGAGAGGGCAGCAAUAGCUGCUCAGGCGUGCGAAACAUGUCGAUCGAGGAAAACCAAGUGUGACGAGAAACGUCCCAAAUGUGGAUUGUGUCAAAGAUUAGGAAUUCCGUGCACUUACCGCGAGCCUCAGCCGACAAAGCGAGAUAAGACCUUGACCUACAUUCUCGAAAGCCUCCAGCGGCUCGAGCUGAAGGUUGAUUCCAUGAAUACUUCUCGAUCAACUUCGUCGCAGUCUUUUAGCUCAAGAGCAAACCAACCCGCAAGCGACACAUCCAGCAGCCUCUUGAACGACUUUAACAAUCUUUCCCAACCACUAAUGCAGGCAGAGACACCAAGUUCACUAAGCUCCCACGCUGGUGUUGGGGAUCGUCUGCCUCAGCAACCGUCUAAGCCUCACCAGCGACUACCUGCCGCGCAAAGGGUGCUGCUCUGGCCCGCAAUUUUAAAUUCACUCGAUGCCAGCGGCCUGCCGCAUGCCCAAGAGCUUCCUCAAGCCCCCGAGGAUGGGACGGCCUGGAUCAUGCGGUUGCAGGAUCAGGAGGGACUUCAUCCACUUCCUCUAGAGCCCUGUUUGGACGCACAUCCCGUCUCACCCGGUGGCAAUCGCGUCACCUUUUCGCCAUUAUCGGAAGACUCUAUGCGAAAUCUAGCCGGAGUAUUUUUUGAUACCUUCAAUAUAGCUUAUCCAUUCAUGUGCCGUCAGACUUUUUUCUCGUCUACACUCCCUCUUAUCCUACGACAAGGUUUCGGACAAGGAGAUAUUGAAUCAGUCAUCGUCCUGCUUGUACUUGCCCUCGGAAAACUCGCUCUCGAAGGAUCCAUAGGAGCACCAGUGGCAAGCGAAAAUGGCAAAGUGAGUGGUUUUCGGGGCGGGACGAUUGAAACUCCACCGGGCAUUGAUCUCUUCAAUGAAGCUCGUAAGCGGAUGGGUUUUCUUUUGACCGAUUGUACCCUCGAGAUCAUCCAAACAUUGUCUCUUGCUUCGCUGUAUUUUGCGUCUUGUUCUCGUCACAUUGAAUUCUGGCGACUGUCAGCAUUUGCCUCAUCGACCUGUCGGACGCUUCUUCAAUCCGAUACCAUCGACUGGUCUUCACAGCGCGGAGAUCUUCUGAAACGAGUCUUUUGGCACUGUCUCAUAAUUGAAAAUGGUAUAAAUUUCGAGUUAGAACUUCCAACAACGGGCAUAAACGAGUUUGAAGAAAGCGUACCACUGCCCAGCUUUAUUGGGCCUCCGUCCCGAGAGGAUGCUGUGGCUGAUGACAAAUGUCACUAUCGAUACUUUUUCCUCGCCCAGGUUGCUUUGAGACAACUGUGCGGUCGAGUUCAUUCCGCAAUCUAUGAUGGCAAGUCUGAAAACAGUGAGGACAGUAGUGGGCCACCGGGUUUCGUCAUCAAAGAGUUGUCACGGCAGCUCGAUCUUUGGCGUGACACGCUUCCAAAGUCCAUUCAAUGGACAGAUGAAAACUCGUUGCACCGGAUCGCUGCGGAUGGCAGUGUGGUCGAGGCGAUGUUUAUGCAAGACCAAGGAGCUCUGCCAGUUACCUACGAAUACAACAUCGAUGUGGUAGUCGCGUCGCUUCGUACGCGAUUUUACUAUACACGCUACAUCACCUAUCGCCCGUUUGUGUACAAGGCGUUACACAUGCCAGAAAAGAUGACGAAUGAAGACAUUGAAUAUUGUACUGCGUGCCUUAAGGCAUGCCUCCGCUGGACUGUCUGUAUGGCGCCUCCAAAAAAUAAAAAGCGCCUUGUCCCAUAUCUCUUUACCUGGACACAGCACCUGCUUGGCAUACUUCUCAUCUUCUACCAGACCAAGACAAACAGCAUCCUCCAGUACAUCUGCACAAGAUAUUUUGCUCCUGGAGAGAUUGAAGAAAGCAUUACCUUGAUGCUGGACUGGAUUGACGACAUGCGGCGCGUCGAUGGCAUCGCACUGUGGAGCUGGAAAAUUAUUGAGCCCUUGUAUAGGUCUUGGGCAUUGCCCCCAUCAUCUCCAAUAAACUUGCUCGCGAGGUCUCUUGCGCCGCAUGACCGCAAUAUGCUCGCGCAAUGACCUUCUCUGCUUUAUUCUUCAAGCGCUCAACUCCCAUCUUCUUUUAUGCUGCCUCAUACCCAUCUUUUGUCUUCUUUCCUUUUUUCUUAUUUUUUUUUUCUCUCUUUCCUCUCUUUUGUCUUACCUGGUUGGAGUACGAAAAGGACGAGGGAAUGGAGAGUAAGUCACGUCCGUUUCGGUUUUGCGCCACCCAACUCCAAUAAAAACCUUGGCUCUGGCUUUCCUUUUGAACCUCUUUUUGUAUUAUAUGUUUUUUCUGUUCAUUUCUUUUCUUUCAUUCAUUCUUUCUCUUUUUGUGGUUUUGGUUUUCUAUUUGUUCGGGCCAGCAUAGAUUGGGCGUUUGAAAAUUAUCUUGUCACAUUUUGAUCCCGCU